AUGCAACCAGAGAGCUCAGAUCAGAUGUUGUAUUCGUUCCUCGCUGGAAAUGAAAUCUCCAGCGGUGGAUACUGUGUCUCCAGCGACUGCAUGUCGACUAUGCAGAGCUUAUGCGGGUCGUCGUCGUCGACGUCAUCUUAUUACCCACUGGCUAUCUCCGGCAUCGGAGAAACUAUAGCUCAAGACAGAGCUAUUGCUGCUUUGAGGAAUCACAAAGAAGCUGAGAGAAGAAGAAGAGAGAGAAUCAAUUCUCAUCUCAACAAGCUUCGUAACGUACUCUCUUGUAACUCUAAGACAGAUAAAGCCACACUGCUCGCCAAAGUGGUUCAACGCGUCAAAGAACUUAAACAGCAAACCCUAGAGAUCUCCGACUCCGACCAAACCCUAUUACCCUCAGAGACCGACGAGAUCAGCGUUCUACACUUUGGAGACUACUCAAACGACGGUCAUAUAAUCUUCAAAGCCUCUUUAUGUUGUGACGACAGAUCAGAUCUCUUGCCUGACCUCAUGGAGAUACUUAAGUCUCUUCACAUGAAGACUCUUCGAGCUGAGAUGGUAACUCUUGGUGGUCGGACAAGAAGUGUUCUUGUUGUAGCUGCAGACAAAGAGAUGCACGGCGUCGAGUCUGUGCAUUUUUUACAGAACGCUCUUAAGUCGCUGCUCGAGCGGUCAAGCAAGUCGUUGAUGGAACGGAGUUCUGGUGGUGGUGGAGGAGAACGGUCAAAACGGCGUCGUGCGCUGGAUCACAUCAUAAUGGUGUGA